AUGUUAAAUGUGGCGUUAGUACUUUUGGCCUUGAUUAUCUUGCCAAUUUCUACUUCGGGAAAUCCCGCUUGGCAGAGACUGAGACCCGAAAAGAGGGUAGUGGACUACAAUGUUCGCAUAAGCGAGUCCGGAGAGAAUUACACUCAGAAAAUUGAAGUGAAUCAAGUAAAGAAUACCGCAUUGUUCGAAGUUCCCGCCCAUCCUGGUGUUGAUCGUUCUGAUGUCCUACAUGAUUUUAACCAAAAUUUGACGAUGCUGCGAAUCCCAGAAGAGAAUACCUGCUAUCUGUUUCCUCUCGUGAAGGAGCAGACGACCCCUGAAAAGUUGAUUAGGGAUCUCGACAAAGCCAGCGGGAUGGUUGUGACGGAGACCAAGCGGGUUGAUAACACUUGGAUUCUUGACGGCCAGCUAACAGACCGGUCCACACUCAGCGAGGAGUUGGCGCAAUUUUGUGCAAAAUACUUCAUAUACCAUGUGAAAAAAACCCACGAUUCGUUAAGUGUGGCAAAAGAAAGCCAUACAAUCCAAAAGCGAAGGACCAGAAGAAUAAACAGACUUUGUCCUGGCGGCAUGGAUCUAGAUGAUGCCUUCAACUCCUGUUAUGUGCCUAAAUUUAGGUGCAGAGUUCGAACAAGAACAUGCUACAAGUAUGUGAUUUGUACUAAUGUUGGCGAAGAUAGACAGGAUAGUUGGAUCGACGUACGAGACCGCAGGGCGGCUCCCCUAAGGGUAAAUUGCCGUGAAGAGCACAUCUGGAAUGCAAUCGUCUGUUGUGAAUACACUUGCAUGCAUAAAUAAAUAAACAAAUUAUCUUCAGCUCCCUAACUACUAACCAUUUUCUACGAAUUAGUCUUAAACAUACAAUUAAACAUAAAAGAGAACAUUUGAACGUUCACUUGUAUGUUUGACGUCAUGAUCACAUGGCUAUGCUAGAAGACAGACAAAGUUCCUUUCCUUUACACAAUGCGACAACUAUCAGAGCGAUAGGUAUCUUGACCAGUUUGUAUCAACAAGUGGUUCUUUUCUUUUUGUAAAAUAAGCUAUAUUUAAUAGAAAUAAAGUA